GUUUUUCCCCCUUCUAAUUUAAAGAAACCGCUUUAAACUGCCCCAAUGCAAUUCAGUCUGCUAAAGACUGGAAAUCAGGAGUUAUAAGGAAACCUCAUUUGUGUAACCUCAGGAUACAGUAUUCUUGUUUAAACAAGUCUAUCUAACAUGCACUCUGGUGCCAUGACAAUGGGCACAGGCUAAGAGACGGAUAAUCCAUUGCAUAACUGCACUUGACUAGGGAAGAAAUCUGAUCCCACUUCAGAAGUAGCAAACACGUGCUUAACCCGAUCGAUACGCAGAAUAAUCUGCUGCAAAUAUGCUUCCUUCACGGAAAGAAGAUUCGGGAUCAGCGGGAGGACGGAGCUCCUGGAGUGGGUGGAUGACUUCAUCUGCCUGGAAACCCCCUUCCAGCUGGGCCCGAGGGAGGCUGCAGGCGCGGCUCACGGCCCAGAAAAGACCCUCGGAGCAGCUCCGGACCGCACAGAAAUGAAAAGCAUGCUGGGGAAGUUCAAACAGAAUGAACAGAUGAUAGAGGACUCGGUGCUGAUUGGCUGUUCAGAUGAAUGCAUGGCAUACUUUGCCCUGGAUCUAGGGUCCUUGGAGAAAUCUGUCAUUGAAUCUGAAUUGAGGGGGUCAUUUACCGAAUUACGGAAGGCUUUCUUUCAACUAGAUGGGAAAGAUGCACCCUUGUUGUCCUCGGCUCAGGCUCUUCUUCGUUGGCAUGACACCCAUCAAUACUGUAGCAAAACUGGGCAGCCUACCCAGAAGAACCUAGCUGGCAGCAAGCGUGUUUGCCAUACCAAUGGAAUAAUUUAUUACCCACAGAUGUCCCCAGUGGUUAUCACUUUGGUGUCUGAUGGGAGCCGGUGCCUUCUUGCCCGACAGGCGUCAUUCCCAAAGGGGAUGUACAGUGCUCUGGCAGGCUUCUGUGAUGUGGGUGAGACUCUGGAGGAGACAGUCCGACGGGAGGUGGCAGAGGAGGUGGGAUUGGAGGUGGAGUCUCUGUGGUAUUCUGCUUCUCAGCACUGGCCCUUUCCCAACAGCUCCCUAAUGAUAGCUUGUCAUGCCCUGGUGCAGCCACAACCGACCAAGAUCAGUGUGAACAAACUGGAGUUGGAAGCAGCCGGCUGGUUCAGCCUGGAGGAGAUAAUGGAAGCACUCGGACGGGAGCCUAACCCUUUGAAACAAGAGGAUGGCAGCUUUUCACUUUUUCUGCCGCCCAAAUGGGCCAUAGCCCACCAACUGAUUCAGGAGUGGGUUAAACUGCAGGCUUCCUUGCCUGCUUAGGCACAGUCUAUCACACCUUUAUUUUAGCAGGUAAAAACAAGUGAGGACGAGUUCUCACAGUGAUGACCCAGCCAGAAUGGCUCAUAAACCAUCUUAUAUUCAGGUACAUCUGGGGCCCCAGAUGCAUAUUUGGAUAAGUCCCAACAACUCUGGUACACAAGGAACAAUCAAUUAGAUACAAUACCAUAAGUUCCAGUAAAUCUUAAAAAAACAAAACCAAAAGCCCAAACCACUAGAUGUUACCAAACCAGCUACAAGCCUGAACCAUAGACAUCAGAAUGGUCAAACCCUACUACAUGCGUUUCCUAGAUGCCUCUUAGAAUAAAGGAUUCCACUCAUUUCCCUCUAUUUUACCCACUUAGACACCUCUGAUGUCACAGAAUAGAGCCUCACUCUUUUUGACAGAGGACUAGGUGGGAUUCCAUUUAGGGUCUCUCAGUGUUGGUCCUAGUGCUUCUCUUGCAUUUUUUGAUAAAGUGUGAGAAUAGUGCAAGUGCAAAUUUCAUUAAGUUUCCUCUUUCCAUUGCUUCCCUGCCCCAUCAAGUCUCCCACUAUGCUCAUCUUCAUACAAAAAUACCCUUGAUUUCCUUUGCUGCUAAAGAGGUACUACAUUUGUUCACAUUGGACUUAGCAGCUAAAGGUAUCACGAGGCCCUCCCUCUGUGCUGAGCACAUUGCCUCUACAGCUUUCCAUCCUCAAGGACCAAGAUUUGGUGAUAAACAGCAGAGAAACAUCACCUGCAUAAAGCUUGAACUUGCUUGAUAUUCUGGAAGAACUGCCAUGACUCAAACAGUAACAGAAAUUGCUGAGAGCCCAAGGAACACAUUUCUGCCUCAGUUCAUGGGGUAUCACUCUUAACUUCAUGCAUUGCUUAGCUACAGAGCAUUUCUGUGGAGCAGAAAGAGCCCAGUCACAAGGUUCAAGGGCUUGGAUAGAUGCUUGCUCCCCUUGUACUGGUGGAAUAGCAGGUUAUCACCCUCUAGGAGGCCUGCUGAAGCAUAGCUUUGGGCAGGCAGAGACUAAUAAUGGAGUUACCUGGAUUUCUGAUUUACUAGUAAUUAAACUGGAAAAAUUCAGGGUGCUUAUGUGGUUGAGUUCUUGGGAAAAUGCACAGAUGCCCACAUUUUGAGGCUAUUAGUUUGGACACUUGGAGGGAGAAGUUCAUUUUUAACCCUCACCAAUUGAUCCUGCUCCUGGCCAAACACUGCUAGCUACUUAUUUUCUCUAGUCACGUGUUGUAACAGUCUGGCAUCCAGCUUUCUUUAAAAUGUAACUUACUGUAGCUCUGCUGGUUUGUUCUUUAUCCUUUCCCUGCAUGUGUAAUACCUGGGUUCUCCCCUUCUAGCUCUUCCUUUCAUCAUCCUUUCUUUUCCUUGCUGGAAUAAAGGGGAAUUAGGAAUGAGGUAGAGAAUGAGUGUAGAUCAGUCUUGUCUUCUCAUUCCCAUUUUCUAUUGUUUUCUAGCCUGCCUCUGCAACCUGUUUUUCUCAUGUGCACAAAACUCUUCCAUACAUCAACUUCUCGAUCCCGCCUCCUGUACCCCUCUCUCUCACACCCCCACAAAUCUACUCAACCAUGGCUACUGAUUAUGGAGAGGCAGAGCAAAGUGUGAGUAGCUCAGGGCAGCACAAAGCAAUGACAAGAAGAAAAGGAGUGGCUCAGAUAGAUGAGAUGAGAAACUCAUAAUUGCAGCGUAGUCCACAUGUCAAAACUUAAAAGGAAAAAAGUGUUUCAGUAUGUCAAAGAAAUGUGGAAAUAUUUUGCAACUUCUGCAUCCUGUGGGAUCUAUUUUUAGGACAAAACAGGGUGUGUACCUCUUCACUAUCUUUCUCCAAGUUUUAUAAAUAUACAAUAUAUAUUUACCACGUAUGUUGUCAGUAAGCCAUAGAAUGGUCUGGUAGAGACAUACAGCUAGCUUCAGAGUACACUGCAUGUGAGGCCUCUUAAGUACUGAGAAUGCAUCGGUGUAUUGCUCUGUUAAGUUUUUACAAUUAAUACUUCUAAAUGAAUUUUAAUUAGAGCAUAAAUACACAAAGUCCAUUUUUCAAAGUCACUAAAGAAUGUUUACAUUUACACAAAUGCCACAACAAUCUUUAGCUUCAAACAGCUUUACAUCUUGCUGCCUCUCAGCCUUUUCAAUCUUUGUCUCUUCUACUCUGCUGCCAAGGACUAUUUAGUGGGACUUCCUUUGGGUGUUGGGUGACCACCAAACACAGCAAUCUAAAAAUCAGCACUGCUUCCUUCAUCCUUCUGACAAAGACGAGGGGAGAAGCCCAGCUAGGAGAGGAGCUGCUGUCCUCCUCCAUCUCCAUAGUGUUUGAUGCUGAAGUUGCCCUGUGCUCUCUAGAGUCCAGGCUGCUCCUCUCUGGGCAGCUGGCCUUUCAGCUCCAGUUGAGGUUCUUGUAGUGCAGGCCUCCCACUAUCUUCUUCAGCCACAUAUUUGUCAUUGAACACAUUUGACUACCUGGAUUUGUUUUGCUCUCUGCCAGUCCAAAGCCAAAAAACAAAGCACCCCCGCCGUUCUUAAUUUUCAAAAAGGAAGACUCUGGCAAGCCCCACUCCAGCCACAGAGGAUUCACAC